UAUCUACCUGUUGAUUGGAUUCACUCCUUUGGAGCUACAUGAGCAGGUGCUAAGUAGCACAUGAGUGGAAGGAAUCUAUCUAUACGUGACAGCGACCGUGUGUGGCAGUGUGGGACAGCGACAGUGACAGUGUGUGACAGCGUGUGACAGUGACAGCGACAGUGUGAAGCUAUUUCUUGCUGUGACUGUCCAGAGAUUACACCACCAACACACACUCAGCGUGGGACACCUAGUUGUUACACGUGUUCACAGGACAUCUUGUAUGUACAGCUAUAUCAUACUGUAAUUGUCCAGGUGUUACACCAACGCGGUUUAGUUACGUGUACGUAGCUAGCUGUACCAUGCUGUGACAUCAUACCAACAUCCCCUACAUCAUUGUCUGCCAGCUGUAUAGCAUACGCCCAUUGCGUGCUGUAACAACCCGUAUCGUGCUCCCCGACGACAUAUAGCGUUGCGUGGCGUCGCCACCAUGACAUCAUCGACGUCGCAUCGCUGACGUCACCGUCCUCCCCACCACCUCUGACGUCAUCGUUAUCGUCGGCUCUCAGCUCUGACGUCAUGCGACGCGGCACGGGACCCGAUGACGUCAUGUACCGACGUCGCGAGCAGUGCGACACGGUGACGGUGCGCUCGCACUACUCGGUGCUGUCCAGCAGGGGGCGCGCCGGUCACAACUGGUGGAAAGAGUUCAUGAUGGACGAGGAGGAGAAGUCCGGCUCGCGCUCCUCGAGCAGCCGGUCUCCCGACAACCGUCCCGUCAGCACGCUGUCGGACGAACUGGGCAGCUGGGAGACCACCACCAGCGCCACCACCGAGCCCUUCUCGGACAAGGACCGCUCGCCGACGGGCAGCAGUAGCUCCUCGUUCUCCCGCGCGGCGACGAGCGGCGCCACCGUCGACAAGCCGGAUCCGGAUGCGUGGCUGUGCGACACGAAUCACGGAUACGUGCGCGUGUACGACGCGGACACGACCGUCCUCAAAUCCCGCUGCCUUCCCUGCUCGCUCGCGACCACCGCGCACCAGAUCUGUCUGAAGCUUGGAGCGCUCUCGAACGCCCUGCACGUUCAGUACAACGGCGGGGUCAUCAAGAGGCUGGAAGCGUACGAUCCACCGCUGGCCCUGCAGAACGAGUAUCUGUCGCGGAUAGGAUACGCGGACGUGUGUCGCAUGCAAGAGGUCGGACAGAGCAAGGAGCUAGGAUACCUUCUCCGGUUCUACGUCGGUAAGCCCGUACAAGAUGGCACGUUUACACGUAAUAACGUGUCCGGCGUUCUGUACGUCAGGAAGGGGAAGUUGUUCCAUCAGUGGGCGAAGCGCAUGUGCAUGCUGUCAGGCACACGCCUUCUCGUCUAUCCCGGUGUGGAUAGGAGGGGCACGCCACAUGUGUAUCAGUUGGCCACGGGAAGAGUGGAAGAGGUCAAGUUCAAAAAUCACGAGAGAUGUUUGAAGGUGACGUCAGAGAUGCAGGGAGGGCGCUGCAUAUGCCUGUCCUUCUCCAGCGACUCGGACCUGACGAAGUGGCUACGGAAAUGCACGAAGGCUGCUGCGAAGCUGCCAAACCUGGCGGAUCUGUCUAACAAUCAUCUGGAGUACAUCCCCGAGAAUCUGUUUGUCAACGAUAGACUGUCGCAACUCAACCUGCGCCAUAAUGCUCUCAAGGAGAGACCGAUAGAGGAGGACAUCUAUACCAUAGGUUGGGUCGACGAUCUGCCGAGCUUCCAAAACCUUCACUCUCUCAACCUGUCCGACACGACCUGUACGUGUUCCCGAGCGCCAUCUGCAGGUGCUGACGCUGCAAGAACUGAACGUCUCUAGCAACAUGAUGGCCGACCUUCCACCAAUCAUCGCAGAGCU